AUGGCCGCCUUCGGCGCGAAGCGCAAGCCGCGCAUCAUCAAGGCCUUCGACGACGAUGACGAGGACCUCAGCCUCCCGCUAAGCAGCGGCGGCGAGGACAAGCAAGCAGGAGAAGAACUACCGCCCCCGGCGCGCAUCAAAUUCGGCCGCACCAAGUUUACAAAAUCGUCGGCGCUGCGCAAGAACGCGAUGAUAGGCAAUGAUGAUACCGAUAGUCCGAACGCUACUUCUGCUCGAGACGAUGAUGACGAUGAUGAGAAUUCCGGUGCUCCAGUCGUGGUGCGGCCGUCCUCUGUUAACAAGGGCAGUUUGUCGAAGAUCAAAAAGCGCCCCGCGGCAUCCCGUCUCUCCUUCGGCCCAAGCGCAGGCGCAGAAGACGACGAUGAGGAAGCCGAAGUCGUGAUCCAGCCCCGCAAGAUGCUUAAUCAGCGCGCCGUAGAGAACAGCGCACUUCGCGCAAACAGCAGCCUCCCUACGCGCUUUGGCGGCGAGGAGAACCGACCCAAGUACAGCAAGGAGUAUCUAGCAGAAUUGCAAAGCGCAACGUUCAACACACCGCAGAACCUUGCCGAUCUCAAGAUCCACGAUGAUGAUGAGAUGCAGUUGGAUGAGAUGGAGCUCGAGGGGGCAUUAAUUGUUCCGUCGAACGAGGUUGCCGUCCCUGGAGCAUCGACAACACAAACAACACACAUCCCCACUGAAGCCGAAAUCCGCGAACGCAAGGAACGCCGCGCGCGUCUCGCUCACGAAGCCAAAUUUAUCCCCCUCGACGAUGAGUUCAACUCCGAUAACGAAGGUGCACAACCCUCCCAUCCCAUCCUCAACUUACCGUCCAAGCAAAAACGGAGAGACACCCGUCUCAUCCGCGAAGAUGAAGACCUCUACGAAGGCUUCGACGAGUUCGUCUCCGACGGCAACCUCGCCCUCGGCCGGAAAGCCGAAAAGGCUGUUUUGCAACGCCACAGGCAGGAAAUGGCUGAGCUGAUUGAGGCCGCACAAGCAGAGGAUAAUGAUGAGGCCGCAAGCGACGAUAGUGAAGCUGAGGAACGAGCGGCGUAUGAGGAGGCGCAGGUUAGAGCAGCAAUGGAUGGGUUGAGGGGGAAAUAUCGCGAGGAACAUCUCGAGCGCGGAGGAGGGGCAGAUCUAUACGAAGGAAGAGGGCCGGAUGAUAUACCCCGGAUGAAGCCCCUCCCUAAACUGGGCGAUGUUCUGCAAAGGAUAAGGGAAGCCAUUCAGGGCUUAGAGGGGGAAGUAGUGAGAAAACGGAGUCGGAUUGAGGGUUUGGAAAAGGAGAAGGCCGAGAUUCUGGUCAGAGAGAAGGAGGUGCAGGAGAUACUGAACCAGGCGGGACAAAAGUAUCAGGAAGUUGUGGGAGGUCUUGGUGUACACAAUGUGCCGAAGAUUGUCGCUGGGCAGUCGCCGUUGAGACCAUUCCCUCCGGGGCUGGCCCGGGAGAUGCCUACGGAAAGAGGUUUAGAGAGCUACGGCGCGACGCCCAUUCGGAGAUAUGGAGGUGAGGAGGAUGAUGGCUGA